GUUAGAGUUCAUCUGUCGCCAUUUUAAGCAGGUGAAAUACAAAUACGAGCGUCAAAGUGUUUAAUAGAAACGUUUAUCAAAGUUUAUGCAGGAAUUUCCGUGAAUCUUUAUGAUGUUAAAGCUGGAGGAUUUGAGAACCUGUAACUUGUGAAAGUUUGAUCAAGAUUCUCCUGCAGCUUCAUCAUGGGUGAUUCACAAGGAUCCAGAGAUGGAGAUUUUUCUCCAGGAUGCAGUUCAGUCCAGCAGAAGAGCUCAAACCCAGAGUCCAGCUGUGUGUCUCUGAAGAGUAACUGCUCUAUGGAUGACCCAGUGAAUUUUAAGAGUGGAAACACACAGCCUGAUCCCAGUUCAGUCCAGCAGAAGAGCUCAAACCCAGAGUCCAGCUGUGUGUCUCUGAAGAGUAACAGGUCUAUGCUUGAGCCAACAAAUUUUAAGAGUGGAAACAAACGGCCUGAUCUCAGCCAUGACUCUAAACCUGAGGUCUUAAACACACUGAGAUCAAAUCUGAGAAAGAAGUUUGAGUGUUUGUAUGAGGGAAUAUCAAAGCAGGGAAACCCAACACUCCUGAAUGAGAUCUACACAGAGCUCUACAUCACAGAGAGUGAAAGUGGAGAGAUCAAUAAUGAGCAUGAGGUGAGACAGAUUGAGACACAGUCCAGGAGAGCAGAAACAGAGGACACACCGAUCAAAUGCAGUCACAUCUUUAGACCUUUACCUGGACAAGACAAACCCAUCAGAACUGUGCUGACAAAGGGAGUCGCUGGCAUUGGAAAAACAGUCUCUGUGCAGAAGUUCAUCCUGGACUGGGCUGAAGGGAAAGAGAAUCAGGACGUCCAGCUCAUAUUUCCACUUCCUUUCAGAGAGCUCAACUUGAUGAAGGACAAAACACUCAGUCUUUCAGAUCUUCUUCAUGUCUUUUUCCCUGAAACAAAAGAAAUGGAAAUAUCCAGUGACAAAUAUAAAGUGUUGUUCAUCUUCGAUGGUCUGGAUGAGUGUCGUCUGUCUCUGGAUUUUCAGAGCGAUGUGAGGUUGUGUGAUGUGACUGAAUCAGCCUCAGUGGACGUGCUGCUGAUGAACCUCAUUGUGGGGAAUCUGCUUCCCUCUGCUCUCAUCUGGAUCACCUCCAGACCAGCAGCAGCUGAUCUCGUCCCCUCUGAGUGUGUCCAUCGAGUGACAGAGGUACGAGGCUUCAGUGACCCACAGAAGAAGAAAUACUUCAGGAAGAGAAUCAGGGAUCAGAGUCUGUCCGACAGGAUCAUCUCACACCUGAAGUCAUCAAGGAGCCUCUUUAUUAUGUGUCACAUCCCAGUGUUCUGCUGGAUCUCAGCCACUGUUCUGGAGAAGAUGUUGAGGAAAUCACGGAAAGGAAAGAUUCCCAAGACUCUGACUCAAAUGUACACACACUUCCUGAUCCUUCAGACCAACAUCAAACAUGAGAAGGACUAUGAGAAGAAAGUGAAAGAUGAAGACAUGAUUGUCAAACUGGGGAAACUGGCAUUUCAGCAGCUUGUGAAAGGCAACCUGAUCUUCUAUGAGGAAGACCUGAGAGAGUGUGGCAUUGAUGUGACAGAAGCAUCAGUGUACUCAGGAUUGUGCACUCAGAUCUUCAGAGAGGAGUUGGGCUUGUAUCAGGGGAAAGUCUUCUGCUUUGUUCAUCUGAGCAUUCAGGAACAUCUAGCAGCUCUAUAUGUGCAUCUCUCCUUUAUAAACAAGAACAUCAAUGUGUUUGACCAGAUUACCAAACCAACUAAAGCUUCACUAUCUGACCUCCAUCAGAGAGCUGUGGAUGAGGCUUUAGACAGUAAAAAUGGGCAUCUGGACCUUUUCCUUCGUUUCCUUCUGGGUCUGUCAGUGGAGUCUAAUCAGAGUCUCUUACAAGAACUAAAGACACAGACAGGAAACAGAUCUCACAACAAUGAGAAAACAGUUCAAUAUAUCAAAGAGAAGAUCAGUGAAAAUCCCUCUCCAGAUAAAUACAUCAAUCUGUUUCACUGUCUGAAUGAACUGGGUGAUCUUUCACUAGUGAAUGAAGCUCAACCUCAUACGAGAUAUGGAGGAUUACGUGAUGUGAAACUCUCCUCAUCUCAGUGGUCAGCUUUAGUUUUUGUGUUGUUGAGCUCAGAGGAGACAAUGAAGAAGUUUGACCUGAAAGACUUAAUUGGAGGCAAAACUGAUCAUGACGCAGUAAAUACAGGAGAUGAAGUUCUUCAGAAGAUGCUGCCUGUGGUUACAGCAACUAGAUCAGCUCUGUUGAUGGAUUGUGGUGUCACAGAUGAAGGUUGUGAUGCUCUGGCUUCAGCUCUGAGAUCAAACCCCUCACACCUGAGAUAUCUGGAUCUGUCUGAGAAUUAUCUAGGAGACUCAGGAGUGAAGCUGCUCUCUGAUCUGAAGGAUGAUCCACAUUAUAAACUGGAGAUACUAAUCACAUGACAGUCUGAUCUCCUCAUGUUCAUCUGAUGGUGAAUAAGGAUCCACUACAGAGACUCACAGUCAACAGAAUCAACAGACUGAAGAUACAGUGACUUCACUGUUAUAAAUUAAGAUUCAUUUAGAUUUCAACGAUCCUCUGACAGACCUGAUGAGGCGGCAGUGAAGCACCUUUUAUUUCAGAGCAACAAAUUACAGUUUCUCAUUCAUUGAUUAACCAUUUUAUUUGUAUAAACACAGUAUAAAUUCAAAAAGGCUGAAGUUUUGUUACAGAGAAAAUAUAGAGCCUGAAUAUAUUUGUGUUUGUUUUACCAGCAGAGGGAGACAAAGACUAAUGAAAGAUAAAUUUUUCAUAAUUAUGGAGAGAGAGAGAAAAAACAGUUCAAGCUCACUUUUGGAAUACAAACUAUAGUUUUAUUACAGUUAUAGUUGUAUUACAUUUGUAUUAAUGUAUUUAGUAUGUCUUUAUAAAAUAAUUAAUGGUGGUAGCAUUCAAUAAAGUGUUGACUCAUAGGCACAAUAUCAAUAUGUGGGAUUGUUGGAUUAAAAUAUGAUAUCCAAAAACCACUAGAUCAGUGUUAUAUAUUUUGUUGACUUGUGUACUUACAUUAUCCCAGAUGUUUCCAAGAAUGCUUAAAUCCAGAGAAAUAAGUAAUUUUAAUCAGUACACGGACCAUGUGUCGCUUAUCAAUGACAUCAUACCUGCGUUACCCUUGAUUUUGUAGAAACCAUGAACACACCAAAGACACUUUAAUAUAUCAUGUGUUUCAGUUUUCUGUCAAUGAAUACAUCCAAACAGUUGUUCCCUUGUCUGAUAUGAAAAGUUUUAUUUUUGACAGAAAACUAAUUAUUGUUAUAUAGCUCAACACGUUUAGUCUUAUUGUUUAAAUCUAUUUUACUCGAUUUUCCGCAAGUACCAUGUUUUUAAUCAUGCCUCAGAGAAAAACACUAUUUUGUCAAGUAGCUAACAUAGCUUACAGCAUAAUUAUUUUUUUCUCCAUCAUAAAAUACGCUUUAAAAUGUAUUGCCAUUUAUCAACACAAGCCAUCCAGCA